AUGGAGAUAGUCAUUCCUGAAGGUGAGUAUGAGGGGGACCUGUUUGCGAACCACAAGGGCCACGCGGUGUUUGAGGCGGUGACGGAACUGUGUCGGCUGGGGUUUGGGUUUGCGGAGAUCCUGGCACAGUCGCAGUGCGAGGUUGCGUUUCUGGAAGGAGUGUUCCAGACGUUGAAGCUGCCUGUCAAGUUGCGUCGGCAAACACGGCCGUUCCACACGAGCGCGUGGGUGGACAGGCUGGUGAUCGACGUGAGCGAGUCCGAAGAGGAGGAAGAGACGGAAGACACGCACACGGCAGUGCGCCGAAAACUCAACUCGGCAAACCGUACGGCUUUAGUGCUCAACGAGAGCAUUCGCAAGCUGGACUACCAGCUCAGGGCCAAGAAAGCCGAGCUUGACAGAACAUUGAAGGAAAUCGAAGAUCUCGAAAACACGUUGGAAACAAUGCAAACGCCCGGCACCGGGCCUUGA